UGUGCGUUUGUGUGUGUCUGGCGGCGCUACGAGGAGGACGCGCCAGGAAGGAAGGAAGGAAGGAAGGAAGGAAGGAAGAAGGAAGAGCCAGAGUCCUUCUCCUCCUUCUUCUUCUAUAUAUAUAUCUCAAAUCGAAAGGACUAAGUGAGAAUUUUAUAAGUGAAGGAAGGAAGGAAGGAAGGAAGGAGAGGUGUGUUAAGUGCCUCCUUCACUUCUACUACUACGACUACUACUACUGCUACGACUACUACGACUACUACUUCUACUACGACCACCACCACCAUGUUGAAGGUGGUGCUGGUCGCCUGGGUGGCCGCGGCCGUGGCGGGGCUGCCUCAGGGGGACUCGGAGCGCCGCCACAGCCUACAGAAGCGAGCCUACCCCCCCGCCGCGCACCCCGCACCCAUCAUCGUGGGCGGUGGGUUUGGCGGCGGCGGCGGCGGAGGCGGUAAAGGCGGCGGUAAGGGCGGCGGCAAAGGCGGCGGCGGUGGCUUCGGUCUCUUCGGAUUUGGCGGGAAAGGAGGCGGCGGCGGCGGCGGCUACGGAGGUGGCGGCGGCGGAGGUAAGGGCGGCGGAAAGGGCGGGGGCGGCGGUUUUAGUCUCUUCGGAGGUAAGGGUGGCGGCGGCGGCGACGGCGGCUACGGUGGUGGUGGCGGCGGCGGCAAAGGCGGCGGAAAAGGCGGCGGCGGCUUCAGUCUUUUCGGUGGCAAGGGCGGCGGCGGCGGCGGCUACGGUGGCGGUGGUGGCGGCGGCAAAGGCGGCGGAAAGGGCGGCGGCUUCAGUCUCUUCGGCGGCAAGGGCGGCGGCAAAGGCGGCGGCGACGAUGAAGAUGGCUUUAUCUACGUGGAGGUUCCCGCGCCCGGCUACGGAGGCGGCGGUGGAUAUGGCGGCGGCGGCGGACAUGGCGGCGGUGGCGGCUAUGGCGGCGGCUUUGACUUCGGUAUCGGCUCCAGCGGCUUCAUCGGCAGCAAGGGUAGCGGCGGCGGCGGCGGUAAGGGUAAGGGCGGCGGCGGUAAGGGUAAGGGCGGCGGCGGUGGCGGCUACGGCGGUGGCGGCGACGGUAAGGGCGGCGGUAAAGGCGGCGGCCUAUUUGACGACUUCAUGAAGAGCGUCGGGGACCUGUUUACCUUCGGCGACAAGGGCAAGGGAGGGCGUGAAGCGGCGCCCACGCCCAUCCUCGUGUACGGCCCCCCGCCCCCCCAGACCUACGGACCUCCUCCCUCACCACCCAAGGCUUCCUACGGCCCCCCGCCCCCACCCCCGCCCCAGCACUACGGGCCUCCUCCUUCCCCGCCUAAGGCAUCCUACGGCCCCCCGCCCCCACCACCCUCAACCGGCUACGGCCCCCCGCCCCCACCACCCUCAACCGGCUACGGGCCCCCUCCUAAGGGCGGCCACCACGCCCCCGCCCCGACCUACGGCGCCCCCAAGCCCACGGACAUCAUCAUCGGCACCCACGGCGGCGGCGGACACGGUGGCGGCGGCGGACAUGGCGGCGGCGACGGCGGCGGACAUGGCGGCGGCGGCGGCGGACAUGGAGGCGGCGACUCCUACGGCCCACCACCACCACCACCACCACAAGAGUAUGGACCUCCACCACCUCCACCUCCACAAGAAUACGGGCCUCCACCAACACCACCACCACAAGAAUACGGGCCUCCACCAACACCACCAUCACAAGAAUACGGACCACCAGAAGACACUUAUGCAGCACCACCACCACCACCAAAAGACACUUAUGCACCUCCACCACCACCACAAGAAUACGGACCACCAGAAGACACUUAUGCACCACCACCACCACCACCAGAAGACACUUAUGCACCUCCUCCACCACCACAAGAAUACGGACCACCAGAAGACACUUAUGCACCUCCACCACCACCAUCGGACACCUACGCCCCCCCACCACCACCAAAGGGAUCCUACACUCCCCCUAACCCCCCACAGGAGAUCUUCGCCCCCCAUCCCGCCUCAUUCACCCCCACCUCCCCCCCUGGCCCCCUCCUCCCUGCCCCAGACAGCCACGGGGUCCCCAGUAACCCACUCCCCAUCCAGUCCCACACACCCUCCCUCCCCCCGCCUCUCCCCCCUCUCUAUCGAGCCCCAUCGGAGACCCACGGGGGAGGUAGCUACGUGCCCCCGCCAGCCCCCAGGGUACUCAGUGGUAACUACAACCGACCCUUGCCUGACGAGCCGGAUUGUGAGGCAUGUGAUCAGGCCCCGUGGGUACCCUUGGAAGGCGCCCCAGCUAUCUCCAAGUCCCCCGGUCCCGCCCCGAUCUCUCCCCAUGGCCCCAAGGAUGUGCUGGAUGGAGCCCCGGCGCCCAUUGACAUCUAUCCCCCCGGCGGUCCUGACAUCGACAUCCGCUUGCAUGGUGACAACGCCGUGUCUUCCAGUGAGGACACCAGCGGACCACUCUUCAUCACUGGCGACGUGGCGACCGAAGGCCGAGACCCCCGCAAGGAGACCACGACCUUUGGCCUCGACAGCAACGAAAUCCCUACUGACGAUUAUGAGCUUGAUCUACGUUCUGGCAUCGACAUCAUCCAGACCACCACCUCAGACGUGGCCGAUGACAACGUGCUGAAUACUGUAGUGAGCAACAACGUCAAGGGCCACGGGGGUUCCUCUGAGGCGCCGCUGUUCAUCCCCGAGUACAACAACAGCCCCGCGCCGAGUCCAGGUCCCGGUCAUACGUCAGUGGUCGGGGCGGUGCUGGACGCUAAGUUUGAGAACAUCCCCGCGCCCGCCCCAGCUCCGAAGUUUGAGAACAUCCCCGCGCCCGCCCCAGCUCCGGCCUACCAGACCUCACAAAUCGACGGCGGGAGCUCCAUCAUCAGCAAGGGGGAGCCACAGUUUAUCAGCGAAAGCUACGGUCAACCCCAGCAAGGCGGCAGCGUCUCAGUGUCGGACCCGGUGUUCAAGACGGUCUCGGCGCCGCAGUUCAUAUCCGUAUCUGGAUCCGACGCACCGAGUAUCCAACAGCUGACUUCACAAGGCCACAGCCUCGGGACACAGGCCGGCGCCCCCCCCUCCCAGUCCUACUCGGCGUCCGCGGGCCUGCAGGAGAUUGCGGCGCCGCAGAUCGUGGCGGGGGCGGUGACAGUGGUGAGCGAGGGGGAGCCGCAGUUCGUGUCUCAGACGAUCGGUGACGCGGGGGAGAGCGUGUUCGUGGAUUUCGGCGAGCCCACCGCCAAGGGCGUGUCACAGCCGGAAUACCUCGGCUCCUCCGGCUCGUCCGUGCAGCCGGGGAGCCUCGUGGGCAUCUCGGAAGGCCCCGUGUUCGUGGACUCGUCUCAGGGCGUGGCCGGCGGCGCACAAGUCGUUUCCGUGUCACAGCCACAGUUCAAGGGCACGAGUGAGCCGCAGUUUAUCGGCGGCAGCGGUUCGCAGGUCUCGUACAGUGGCGGCGGCUCCAUCUCACAGGGCCCCGUCUUCGUGGACUCGUCUCAGGACGUGGCCGGCGGCGCACAGAUCAUCUCCGUGUCACAGCCGCAGUUCAAGGGCGUAAGUGAGCCGCAGUUUAUCAGCGGCGGCGACGCCUCGUACAGUGGCGGCGGCUCCAUCUCGCAGGGCACCAUCAUUGGCUCAUUUGAGGACGACCACGACGACCUUGGGUCCGUGGAGCUGGCCGGGCCCGCGCCAGGCGCCUCCAUCCAGCACGGGAACCUUAUCGGCCAGUCCAUCGGCCAGGGGCAGGACUCCGUGAGCCACUCCGUCAGCCAGUCGUUCAGCUUCCAGCAGCAGCAGCCCUCCAUCCAGCCCGGGAAUCUGAUAGGCUCAGUGAGCUCCGGCGAGACAUUUAGCGGUGACCAGGGCUACGCGCCGCCCCGCGAGACACGUGCCAACAGCCAGGAGACGAUCAUCCAGCCGGGGAACCUCGUGGGCCAGAACCUCGGCAGCUACUCAGGGGACAAGGACACACGAGAAGACAACGGCGAGUCCUUCAGCAUCCAGCAAGAAGCAUCCAUCCAGCCAGGUAACCUCGUCGGGCAAAACCUGGGGAGCUACUCAGGGACCCGGGACACACGCGCAAACACCGGCGAAUCGUUCACUAUCAAUCAGGAACUGUCCAUCCAGCCGGGUAACCUCGUGGGCGAGAGCCUCGGCAGCUACUCAGGGACCCGGGACACACGCGCAAACACCGACGAAUCGUUCACCAUCAAGCAGGAACCGUCCAUCCAGCCGGGUAACCUCGUCGGGCAAAACCUCGGGAUCUAUUUCGGGCCACGCGAGACACGAGAUAACACCGCCGAGUCAGUUAGCAUCCAGCCUGAAGCGUCCAUCUCCUCCGGCAACCUUGUGGGCUCCGUCACGACCAGCCACGGCGAAUUCCAGUUCCCGCAGAGACAAACCCAAUCAUUAAGCGGUGGCAACAGCGCUUCCAUUCUCCCUGGCAACCUUAUCGGGUCACAUAGUCGAGCUCAGAGCGGUGGUCGAAGCCUGAACCAGUUAGGCGGUCACACUCAGUCCUCCAGCCAGUCAAACACGGGUUCAGGCGGCUUCGUGACCCUCGGAAAGCCUUUCUUCGUGUCCCAGCCGGAAAUUCUCGAGUCCACGUUCUCCUCCGCGCUCAGCCAAGACAAUGUAGGCCUCCCCCUCGCCCCCGCCGCCGCCGCCCCCCGCCUCAAAACCCCUGACAUGGGCUCCCUCCCCCUGGCUGACUCCUCCCAGUUCUCCCCCUCCUCCCCCUCCUUCCCCCCCUUCUCCGGCGACCUGGACACCACCAAUGACAUCGUGCAGUCCAUCGGUAACUCCCUGCCCAGUCCUCUGCACACCGACGCUUCAGUAGAACCGUCGGACCACCCUGCACCUCCGCCUUCCAGCCGUAGUGUUGCUUUGGGUUCCUCCGCCAAGCCGGCCAGCACCAACGGCCUCACAGCCUCUGGUCUCGGCUCGGCGGGGACCAUCACGCAGGGAGAGUCAGGCUUUGCAUACUCGGCUCCGGGACAGACGGUUCGCUUUUCCUUCGGCAGCCCAGGCGGCCGGAAAGCCAAGAGUGCCGUCGGCUUUACACCAUCCACAUUUACCAGGUCUAGCGGCGGUGUUGAUGGAGGUGCAGCCAUUGACGACACCAUCCGGCUGACGCGAGGCACGGCUGGUGGGACUGCGCAGGCCAACCUCAUCACCAAGACACAGGCUGAUGGUGGUGAUGAAAGUGACAUUGGUGAUAAGUUUAACACCACCAUCACUACCGAUCCAGUCACCACCACCACGGCGAUCCCCACCACCACUACACUGGCUCCCAUCACCAUCACCACUACACUGGCUCCCACCACCACCACCACUACACUGGCUCCCAUCACCACCCCCACUACACUGGCUCCCACCACCACCACCACCACCACAGCGGAUGCGGUCUCGUUCCCACCCAAGUUCAUCACCACCACCACCGAUGAUGUUACGUACCCGCCCAAAUUCAUCUCCAGGACACGAUUCAGACCUGUUCCAAGCCGACCCUCCUCCUCCUCCUCUUCUCCCCCCUCUUCCUCCUCCUCCUCCCCUGGUUCCUCCUUCUUCUCCCUUCCCAAGCAUGAAGUUAAGCAUCUCGGUUUUGUCUCACUUCGCCCCAAGACCUCUCCAUCCUCCUCCUCCUCCUCCUCUUCCUCCUCCUCUCCCAACCAGGACAGCAAAGUAAAGCAUCUAGGUUUUGUCUCCUUUCCACCUAAAAUCUCCUCUCCCUCCUCCUCCUCCUCCUCCUCCUCCUUCACCACCCAAGAAGACAAAGAAAACGAACCCAUCUCAACCUUACCUUCAACACUCAAGGAAGAGGACAAGGAAGAGAAGAAGAACCAAGAGGAGGAGAAUUUAGUGCCCUUAGGACAAGAGGACAGCGGUCAGCAGGAGGGCAGCAUCACAGAGGCAGAGGUUGCGGAGAUCAGCAGUACCACCACCACCAUCACCACCACCCCCUCCCCCCUCACCACCACCACCACCAGUAGGAGCACCGUCCCCCGCAGACGUGACCACCUUCUUCCCUUCGGCGCCAGAAUAGUGAAGCGCAGACGACCCUUCCUCGGCAGGGCAUCACCAGCGUCACCUUCAUCGUCAUCAUCAUCGUCAUCGUCAUCAUCAUCAGCGUCUUCGUCUGGUAACAAUUAAUAUGGUGCCUGAUAUUGUUUUUUUUUAUCUUUCUUUUUCUUUUUUUAUCACCUCUCUCUCUCUCUCUCUCUCUCUCUCUCUCUCUCUCUCUCUCUCUCCCCGUGGCUCUCCCAAAUGACUGAUGAUGAUGAUGAUGAAGAGGAGGAGGUCGUGAUCUGCAUGCGUGACCUGACUUGACCUGACCUGACCUAAGCAAUGUAAGGUGUUAGUGGUGACCUUUUGUAGCCGGUGACCUAUCUUGGUGACCUCUGUUAAUUAAUGUGUGUGUGACUUCUCAUGACCUCUCUUGGGUGUCUAUGUGACUUUGGUUGACCUCAAGGAAUGCUGGAGGUCAAGGUCAAUGUGAAGUCUGACCUUUUUUUUGGCUUUGAUGUGAAUGGCAGUUUUAUUUUUGUUAAUAUUAUUUUUUAUUUAUUUAUUUAUUUAUUUAUUUUUGUUGUGGACUGAGAUUGUUAUGUUUUUGUUCUUGUUUUCCUUUUUUCCUGUUUUCCUUAUUGAAUUUCUGAUCAUUAUUUCUUUCAUUUUUUUAUCUCAUUGUUAUUUGUUUAUUUGUCUGGCAUUUAAAUUACGAUGAUCAGUUUUUUUUUCUGUUUUUCCUUUAAUAAUUCUGUCAUGAACUCAAAUUACAAUGACACAUUAUUCUCCAUCCUUCUCUUUAUUUUUUUUUCAUUUAUCUGGCUGACUAAAGUUAACUCGUAUGCAAAAUUCAAUUACUUCAUUUUUUCCUAUGAAUAUUUUCCCUUGUUUUGCUCACCACCCAUUUUUUUAUAUUCUCAACUGACUGACUGUUUUUAAUCUAAUACUCAAUCAGUUUAUUUUUCCUCCUCUCUUUAUAUUUCAUCUCAUUUUUGUUUAUCAUGCAAGUUGUUUUUAUUUUUACACCCAAUCGACUGACUGUAUAUUGCUAGCGUACAGUCGGUUAGAUUCAUGCACUGACACAAUCAGUGAUCAGUCAGUCUUCAGUUACUUGGCUGAGCUGCCUGCAUGAGUGGCUGGCUGUCUUGCACCAAACUGUUCAUUUAUAACUAUUCCUAUUGACUGCCUUGUGUCAUCAUGCGACUAAAAUAUUCUUGAGCACUCAGUUUCCUUUUAAUAUAUUUUUUUUGUUGUCUAUCAAGCAUGUCAUGUAGGACUCAGUUCUGACUGACUUCAAUCAUACUCUAUUAUAAGCUGUUCCUGAGCACCAAGUUUCCUUUUUAGAAAUAUAUUUGUUUUCUAUGGAGAAAAAUUCCCUCUCAAAACUGUUAGUGUUGGCUGUGACUUCUUGCAGCACUAAGUUUACAUUUAGAACUUUUCUUAUUUUAUAAUUUGCACGAUUCUUUCUUCCUUAUGUUAGUGUUGCUACUGACUGACUUCCUUCAUGCACAU